AUCGCGCGCGCCCGCUGCACACAAUUUUUGUUGGCGCGUCCAUUACAAAGGAGCCUCCGUGAUUCAAGAAAACACGCGCGGCCAUCACAAGUUGCUGCCGUGUGUUACAUCAAGAAGCCUCGUUACCAAGAUUCGAGCCGGAUACAACUUUGAACAUCGUUUCAAGACAAAACGGAACAAAGGAGUAUAUCGACAUUGGCGAGGUCAUUCGAGAAACAUCGAGACACGGAUUGCUUCGCGGCGCGUCGGCGUGAAUCAUACAAAUUCAAGACAAGACUACAACAAAUCAAGAAAUAUUGCUGUGUUGUGCCAGUUUUUACGAAUACAGUGCAAAUCAUUUUGAUUUUAUAAAUUCCAGCGAUCCGACGCUAGACCACGCCGCGCGGCCGCGUGGCUAGCUGCAGUCGCGCCUGUCCUUUCUGCUUCGCAUUGCUUCUGUCGCAACUUCUCUGCUUUAAGUAUUGUUUUGUAUUCUUCCCUUUUUUCUCUCACGCUAAUUAUUUCUAAUUAUUAAUUGCUUUCAGUUGAAAAAUUUGAAAUUGAUUUCGGUUGGUGUCAUUUGCUUAUUUAUUUGCACGAUGGAUAUUAAAUCAUUAAAGAAAACUAGAUCUAGCCAUAAGGCGAAGCUUACCAUAUUUAAAACAUAUAUAGAUUCACUUUUGCCUAGUAAAAGGGUCAAUGAGGUACAAGCUUUUGAAUUAAAGGCUCGCUUAGAUAAAAUUCUAGAUUUAUACAAUGAGUUCGAUUCAGUUCAGACUGAUUUAGAAAGUCUUGUGGAAAUUUCAGAUGAUGAACACAAGGAAAGAGAGAUUUUCGAGAACAGCUACUUCGGCUGCGUGGCUUUUGCGCAGAAGAUGCUCAGCGCUGCCUCUGCGGAUCAGGAUGCCGGGUCGGUGACGGGUUCUAAUAUUAACACUGGACCGUCUGGUCAUGAUGAACAGCGCUGUAGGCUCAGUUCCUGUAAGCUGUGCACACAGCGCCACAACACUCUGUUACACAAUAAAAACACUGUUCCGGAAGCUUCAACUUCAUCAGCGGGCUGUGUAGUCUUGCCCACUGUGCAGGAACAGACUCAAAAGGAAUCGAGUGGUGUCACACUCUCAUCCACACAUCACAGUCAGGUACUUCUAUCCACUGCUAUGGUCAAUAUACAAGGCUGUGAUGGUCAAACACAUAAAGUUCGUGUACUACUCGACAAUGGAAGUACAUCUAGUUUUGUCACAGAAACUUUACGAGCGAAAUUAGGAAUACGCAGUUAUUCUACUUCACUACUAGUACAAGGGUUGAACAAUCAGUCCUCAAAAAUUACAAAAAGAUGUGACGUCACCAUAUCGUCACUCACAAGCAGUGGUUAUACAACUGACGUCAAUUGUUUUGUUGUACCACAUAUCACUCAGUUGAUACCUACUUCACAAAUUAAUUGCAAUUUCUUUUUCAUUCCCUCUCGCAUCCACCUCGCGGAUCCAACCUUCUCCACGCCGUCUGAGGUGCAGAUGUUGCUGGGGGCGGACAUCUUUUGGGAUGUCCUUCAAAACAAUCAUAUUGUCCUGGGAAAGAACAAGCCAACUCUGAUUGAAACAACAUUAGGGUGGCUUGUCACCGGCUCUAUACGAUCAAACACAAAAUUUAACACCAACAAUACAGUCCAUUGCCAUUUUCUAAACAACAAUGAGCUUGAUGAGAAGUUAGACAAAUUUUUCGAACUAGAAUCAGUUCCCUCUGCUCAACAAAUCCAUACUAAAGGUGAGAGUGAGUGUGAACAAAUAUUUACACAAACAACAAAGCGCCACCCAGAUGGCAAAUUUAUUGUUACCAUUCCAUUAAAAGGAUCACCUGAAUCUUUAGGGGAUUCCAAACAACAAGCUCUAAUUAGGUUUCAAUCUUUGGAACGUAAAUUUAAACGCAACGCAGAGUUCAAAGAAAAAUACACAAAUUUUCUUGAAGAAUAUUUGGCUUUAGGUCACAUGUCAGAAAAUGAAACAAUACAAAACGACUGCAUUUCAUACUUCAUGCCUCAUCAUGGCGUUUUGCGGGAAAACAGCCUCACUACAAAAUUACGUACAGUCUUUGAUUGUUCAGCUGUAACAAGCACGGGUUUAUCAUUCAAUGAUAUUCAACAUAUUGGGCCCACUGUACAAGAUGAUUUACUUAGCAUAUUGAUUCGAUUUAGACAGCAUAAGUUUGUAGUAACGUCAGAUAUAGAAAAAAUGUAUAGACAAAUUUAUGUUAACAAUAAACAACGAUGUUUGCAACAAAUAUUUUGGCGAUCACACCCCAGCCAGCCAAUUAAACAAUAUAAAUUAAACACAGUCACAUAUGGGACCGCAUCAGCACCGUAUUUAGCAACUAGAUGUCUGGUACAGCUGGGACAAGAAUGCACCAAUGAGGAUGUUCGGGAAGCAAUUUUACACGAUUUUUAUGUAGAUGAUUAUAUAUCUGGGCAUGAUGAUGAAAAAACUUUAAUACAAAUAUGUAAAGGCGUCAUUCAGACGUUAGAAGGCGCACGUUUUCAUUUACGUAAAUGGCUGUCCAAUCAACCGUCUAUCCUGGAUGAUAUUGUUAGCGAAAAUAAUACAGACGAGUUAUUAAACUUAAACAAACAUGAUUAUACAAAAACAUUAGGUUUACUCUGGGCCUGUAAAAAGGACACAUUAUUAUUUGCAGUAAAUAAAAUAUCAAAUCAGCCUAACACAAAUAAACGUACAAUUUUAUCCACAAUUGCUCAAGUGUUUGAUCCACUUGGUUUAAUUAAUCCUUGCAUGUUACAGGCAAAACUCAUAUUACAAACACUAUGGGCUAAGAAUAUCACAUGGGAUGACCAGCUACCUGCUGAUGUUGAGUCACAAUGGCACGACUUUAUUAAAUACUUACCAGAAAUUACAAAAAUAGAAAUCCCUCGUAGAGUGUUAUGCAAUUCGUAUGUUAAGGUCGAAUUGCACGCGUUUUCUGAUGCCUCCAUUAAGGCCUAUUCAGCUUGUAUAUAUCUACGCUCAGUGUCUGAAACUGGGAAUGUACAAGUACAUUUGAUACUUGCAAAGGGCAGAGUGGCACCAUUGAAGCAAAGGCUGACUAUGCCAAGGUUGGAGCUUUGCGGCGCCCUUCUCGCUACAAGGUUAACAAAAAAGGUAGUAAAUUCAUUACGUUUAAACAUUGACUCAACAUUUUUUUGGUGUGACUCAACUAUUGUGCUGGGCUGGAUCAAAACAUGCAAGUUAAAACUAAAACAAUUAAAAGGAUCACCUGAAUCUUUAGGGGAUUCCAAACAACAAGCUCUAAUUAGGUUUCAAUCUUUGGAACGUAAAUUUAAACGCAACGCAGAGUUCAAAGAAAAAUACACAAAUUUUCUUGAAGAAUAUUUGGCUUUAGGUCACAUGUCAGAAAAUGAAACAAUACAAAACGACUGCAUUUCAUACUUCAUGCCUCAUCAUGGCGUUUUGCGGGAAAACAGCCUCACUACAAAAUUACGUACAGUCUUUGAUUGUUCAGCUGUAACAAGCACGGGUUUAUCAUUCAAUGAUAUUCAACAUAUUGGGCCCACUGUACAAGAUGAUUUACUUAGCAUAUUGAUUCGAUUUAGACAGCAUAAGUUUGUAGUAACGUCAGAUAUAGAAAAAAUGUAUAGACAAAUUUAUGUUAACAAUAAACAACGAUGUUUGCAACAAAUAUUUUGGCGAUCACACCCCAGCCAGCCAAUUAAACAAUAUAAAUUAAACACAGUCACAUAUGGGACCGCAUCAGCACCGUAUUUAGCAACUAGAUGUCUGGUACAGCUGGGACAAGAAUGCACCAAUGAGGAUGUUCGGGAAGCAAUUUUACACGAUUUUUAUGUAGAUGAUUAUAUAUCUGGGCAUGAUGAUGAAAAAACUUUAAUACAAAUAUGUAAAGGCGUCAUUCAGACGUUAGAAGGCGCACGUUUUCAUUUACGUAAAUGGCUGUCCAAUCAACCGUCUAUCCUGGAUGAUAUUGUUAGCGAAAAUAAUACAGACGAGUUAUUAAACUUAAACAAACAUGAUUACACAAAAACAUUAGGUUUACUCUGGGCCUGUAAAAAGGACACAUUAUUAUUUGCAGUAAAUAAAAUAUCAAAUCAGCCUAACACAAAUAAACGUACAAUUUUAUCCACAAUUGCUCAAGUGUUUGAUCCACUUGGUUUAAUUAAUCCUUGCAUGUUACAGGCAAAACUCAUAUUACAAACACUAUGGGCUAAGAAUAUCACAUGGGAUGACCAGCUACCUGCUGAUGUUGAGUCACAAUGGCACGACUUUAUUAAAUACUUACCAGAAAUUACAAAAAUAGAAAUCCCUCGUAGAGUGUUAUGCAAUUCGUAUGUUAAGGUCGAAUUGCACGCGUUUUCUGAUGCCUCCAUUAAGGCCUAUUCAGCUUGUAUAUAUCUACGCUCAGUGUCUGAAACUGGGAAUGUACAAGUACAUUUGAUACUUGCAAAGGGCAGAGUGGCACCAUUGAAGCAAAGGCUGACUAUGCCAAGGUUGGAGCUUUGCGGCGCCCUUCUCGCUACAAGGUUAACAAAAAAGGUAGUAAAUUCAUUACGUUUAAACAUUGACUCAACAUUUUUUUGGUGUGACUCAACUAUUGUGCUGGGCUGGAUCAAAACAUGCAAGUUAAAACUAAAACAAUUUGUAUACAAUAGAAUUAAUGAGAUCACUAAUAAUUCUGAUCCUAAUUCAUGGAACUACGUUCCCACAGAUAUGAACCCGGCUGACAUUGGUUCUCGCGGUCUUAAUGCAGCGCAACUUCAAUCUUCACUUUGUGGUGGGGAGGUCCGCACUUCUUACAUCAAACAGAUGUGCAGUGGCCCACACAGCCACAAGAUGUGAAUAUUGCUAGUUUGCCAGAAAUGAAACAUCAAUGCCAUCUGUCAACUGAUGACUUUCAUUGUCAGAAUUUCAAUAUUUCUCAAUAUUUUAACAAUUUUUCUGAAUUUAGUAAAUUACAACGUAUCAUAGCUUAUGUAAAAAGAUUCAUUUCCAACUGUCAAUAUUCUCGCAAUAAAACAUCAGGUCCCUUGACUGUCACAGAACUAAAUACUGCAUUAGAAUUAUUGUGCAAACAAGUACAAUGUGAUUCAUACUGUAAACAAUACUCACAAUUACUUAAUAAAGGCCCGCUGUCUCCUAAGGACAAACUUCUCAAAUUAAACCCUUUUAUUGACCAUGCAGGUAUAAUACGAGUAGGAGGUAGACUGUCAAACUCUCACUAUGAUUACAACACAAAGCACCCUAUCUUACUAGACGCAUCACAUCACAUAACUAAAAUAUUAGUCACACACUAUCACAAAAUUCUUUUACAUGCUGGACCACAGCUGUUGUUAUCAACGUUGCGACAUAAAUACUGGAUAGUCAAUGGUCGUAAUCUUUGUAGAAAUGUUACUCGAAAUUGCAUAUCCUGCCUUAGAUUUGCAGGCAAAACUUAUCAGCCUAUCAUGGGCAACCUACCUCUACAAAGAUUGCAAGCAGACUACCCUUUCAGUAAUACAGCUGUGGACUAUGCUGGUCCCAUCAUGAUGGCAAACAGAAAAGGUCGUGGCUGUCGGUUGAAGAAGGCAUAUAUUGCCGUUUUUGUUUGCCUGGCAGUGAGAGCGAUGCACAUAGAACUCGUCACCGACUUAAGUUCUAAAGGUUUCAUUGCAGCCUUAAAUAGAUUUAUUGCCCGCAGAGGUAAGCCAGCUGUGAUCUACUCCGACAACGGAACUAAUUUCGUGGGUGCUUGCAACGAAAUAGUUAGGUUUCUAAAAAAUCAAUCUAACGAUAUUAUUUCAUACGGUGCUGAAAACGAAAUUAAUUUCAAAUUUAGUCCAGCCUACAGUCCACAUUUUAACGGCGUAGCAGAAGGGUCAGUUAAAUCAAUUAAAAAACAUUUAACUCAUGUAUUGUCAAUGGCUCAUUUGGAUUAUGAAGAGAUGAACACUGUAUUGGUUCAAAUUGAGGCAAUACUGAAUUCUAGACCUCUCACUCCAAUUUCAUCUGAUCCAUCAGAUUUAGUUCCUCUUACACCAGCGCAUUUCUUGAUUGGACGAACGCUCACUAUGUUACCUGCUCCCCAGGUCGAUGAUACUCCAGUUCAUAUGCUUUCCAGAUAUAAAAGGAUACAAUUAUUAAAAACACAUUUUUGGAAUCGAUACUACAAGGAGUACGUUUCAGAAUUGCAGAUCCGAAACAAAUGGCGCACAAAUAGAGGACAACCACAGCCAGGAGAGAUGGUUCUCAUUAAAGAUGAUCGGCUGCCCCCCAAUAGAUGGCUGCUGGGACGUGUCACCACAGUUUACCCAGGCGCUGACGGCGUCAACCGGGUGGCAGACGUAAAAACUACUUCAGGAACCUUACGCAGAGCUUGGAAUAGGCUCUGUCCAUUACCAGUUAUGUUGGACCAGAAAGAUGCAUCUGCUCCAAGAGGGCCAGUCUGUUAACGAACGAAGCGGUGCCCCCCCUCUACGUGCUGCGGGACGCGCGCGCGCCGCCGCCAUCCCAUUCCGCCACCGACCGGCCGUGCGAUCGCGCGCGCCCGCUGCACACAAUUUUUGUUGGAGCGUCCAUUACAAAGGAGCCUCCGUGAUUCAAGAAAACACGCGCGGCCAUCACAAGUUGCUGCCGCGUGUUACAUCAAGAAGCCUCGUUAACAGUAGUUAAUAUAAUAUAUCCUGUCCGAGCGUAGCUGGAAUAAAUCCGUAGGCUAGUAGCGAUUAGACAGGGAGAAAAAAUAAGUUUAACUGUAUCUUUUUAUAAUAACUAGAGUAAGCUUUGUAAGAAAUAAUGAAGACACAACAAGCUCUUAACGUACUCUGGAGGUCAGGCAAAUUCACCAAACCGCUAUGAAUUCGACACCUACACUUGGAGCUUUUGAUGGAAGAUGUUAAAUGUUAUUUUGAGACAAGGCGCCGAGGUUGUCGUGAUGUGACAUGAUUUGACGAUUCAAUUCAACAAAUUCACAAUAAGUGUUCUUGUUUGGCGCCGACUGCCAAAAUUUAUGCUGUUUAUAAAACUCAUUUCUCCCAUUUACGUAAAUAAUUUGAUAAAUUAAUAUUUUUACAGAGUUUGUCUUAAUUUAAAAGAUAGUGUCAGGAGGUAUAGCCGAUAGCAUCAGGUCGCAAUCAAAGCUUUCAUUAAAAUAUAAACCGCACAGAGUUUAUCAAGCGCUCUACCACUGCUCUACCAAUUGCUCUUCCCGCUCAUCUGUUUGACUCGGGAUGCUGCAUUCUAUAAAGAUAUUGAAUAACAAUUUAUCAUUGUUAUAUAAAUUGCGGCGAGCGACAAUUUAUACAAUAUUUAUUGACAGAAUACUUAAGGUAGAAUGUUUUUUAUAUUUAACAAUAUUAUAUAAGAAAUAUUGUAGAGUUAGAAGAGUGAGUACUGUUACAAUACUAGUCUAUAUGAAAAUCGAAAAGCUUCGCGCGUUUACUGUUUUAAUUUUAUAAUUUCCAACGUUUAGAAAUUGCAGCUUUGGUAGUCCGUGACUGCGAGAAGCAUAUAUGUAGUUUUAAUUAAGUUUACGAUUCGCAAGGAGCGAAGAAAAUACUGAUUUGUUAUUUAUUAUUAACCUGAUCUGGUCACUUUGUCACCACAAUUUAAGCGUCACUUAUCUUUUAACAAAUUUUAAUUAGUUUUGGAAGAAA